CAUCCUCCUCCUCCUCUACCUACCUAAGUACCCUGACAACUUCCUCCGCCUGCAUUUGGCUAUGCCAGGGGAGCUUCGGGAGACUUUGUUACUUCGUACUUUCCUUUGAAUAGAUACUAGACUACUACCGGGCGGGUGUUGUCGUUUUUUUAUUUUUCCACUCUUUGUUAGAUCCACCAACGCCCAUACUACAUCCGCAGCGUCGACGGCGGGCAACAAGCGCAGUUUUACGAUCACCAUCCAGACGGAUUUCCUCCUCCACUAAGUACGGCUUGGCCUACAUACAUACAUCAAGCUUCGGCAAUCCAAUCCGCCGUCAUCUGCACAUCUGCCACAAGCACCGCGCGUCCUACCUACCUACCUUUUUGCCUUGCAUUAGCAUCUGCAUCAAGCAUAUCAGCACUUGGUUUUUUCCGCCACAAACGAUCUCGAACCGAUAUUGACCUCGACGUCGAUUCGUUCCACCCCCUCACCACCACACAACGAUUUCUCCAUCUUGUUCGGAUACUUACAACCGCAUCGCAUCGUUCGGCAAUCUGUCUUUUUCUCUUUUCACGUUCAUAACAUUAUCGGCGACCACCAAUGCACAUAAUCACAAUCGUUCACUCAUCUUUCCCAAUGCUUAAAUAAUCGCUAAUUGCAAUAAUUCCAUCUCUCGCGACCUUGGCUCGGUUAUCCAGUCGGAACCCAUCUUCAUUCUUUGGGGUUAAAGACUUGAGGCAUAACAACUAGGAGCCUGCACAUAUCACUUACGGAUACCCGCCGUCAAAGUGUUUUAGGCCAUCGACACAUUUGCCGAUAUCAGGACAGGAGCCCAGUAUCCGAACAACGAUCUCGAUUGUGGUGGAUUGACUCUCUGAGGGUCAGUGACCAGUGUUAUCAACAAUGGUUGGGAUACCUAAGCUCCUAGAGCUUACGCUCUUGGCCACCUCAGCUCGCGCCUUCUUCAUCUGGCCUCCUCUACCAUGCGAUCCAGGGGAGCCUUGUUAUGUGAGCGGUAGUAACGAUGUUAGAGGAAAGACGCUUGUGGGAGCUGGAGGUCAAUUCCAUUCUCCAUCGCCGCCUGGAGGUGAACCCGCACCGGACGGGUUUAUCAGUCUCAGUGUGGAGCAAAGAAACGCCGAUCCUAAUGAGAGUCCCGAAGCUGGCGCUGCCCGAGCUGCCCGAGACGCCAAGCGAAUUGCACACAGAUUUGCUAGCUUGGAUAGCACGCGAGUACCCAAAAGGAGGUCCGGCAGGCUGGCAGCCAGGACUAAUACGUAUGCGGUUGUCGAACCCGAGAGUACGAACAGGAAGGAUAGCGCGGGCAUCUACCACGACCCUUCGGACUACGCCUAUUUCGCCAAAGUUCAGUUUGGUUCGUCAAAGAAGCCGCUGUAUAUGCUCCUAGACACCGGUUCCUCGACGGCGUGGAUCAUGGGCUCGACAUGCAAGAGCGACGCCUGCAUCUACCACAACCUUUUCGGGGUUGACGACUCCAAGACGCUCAAGCUGCAGAGCAAGGAGUUUCGUCUUGCCUAUGGAACUGGCGCUGUUGCCGGCACUCUUGCCCGUGAUACUAUCUCGGUUGCCGGAAUUUCCCUCGAUAUGGCCUUCGGGUUGGCCAAUGAGACAUCUAGUGACUUUACUCAUUUCGCCUUCGAUGGCAUUCUUGGCCUCGACAUGGCCGUGGGGGGCACAGACGGUUUCAUAACCGAGCUUGUGAACCAAAAGGUUCUCCAAAGCAACAUUUUUGCCGUCACUCUGGGCCGAGCUUCGGACCCAGUCAACGAAGGUCAGAUCACGUUUGGAGGUGUCGACCCUUCCAAGUACACGGGUGACAUUACCUACACGAAUCUGGUCAAGGACAACAGGGGAGCUUGGAUCAUUCCUAUUGACGGCUUUGGAUUUGGAGGUAAAAAGGUGACCUUCCAGGGCCGUACGACGUACAUUGAUACGGGCACUUCGUUUGCUUUUGGACCGCCAGCGGAUGUCACGGCUCUCCAUAAGCUUAUUCCUGGUUCCACGACGGUAGACGAGGUCACAUGGUAUGUUCCGUGCAGCGACUCUCCGAUUGAGGUCACGUUUAGCGGUGUAACCUUCAAGAUUUCGGCCAAAGACUGGCAGGCGGGCAGCGGCACCUCAUGCAGAAGCAACAUUUAUGGACGCGAGGUGGUGGCAAACGGCUGGCUGCUCGGAGAUGUUUUCCUCAAGAACGUGUAUAGCGUCUUUGAUGUGGACAAGAAGCGCAUCGGAUUCGCUGCCAAGGUUGAGCCCGUUACGAUAACGACCACAUCGGGUGCUCAGACCAGCCAAACCGCUUCUGGGACAACCUCUUCGAAUGAUACUCCCACUUCGGCCGAUGCCACGGGUCAAUCUACCAAGGGCCAAUCUGCAACUCCGAGUGGGAAGGAUUCCGCCGGUUACCAGCUCAAGAGCAACGCGUAUGCUCUGGUGCUGGGUAUCGCUCUCAUGGCCGCAGCUAUCAUGGCUUAGUAGCACACCACACGGUGUAUGUACAAUAUUUCGCAUCCUUGUUUGGUUGUCUGUUUUUUUCGUUUCACACACACACACACACAUGCCGCAUAUCAAUAGCAAGCCAGCGAGUUAUUGAAGUUUCCUGUAACAUAUGAUACCCUCAAGUGUACCCUUUUGAGAAAGAAAAUGAGUUAGUUGACAACACAUCUUUGGAAGAAGAAAGCUGGGCGAAUAAAAAAAAGAGAAGAAGAAAAAAACAAAAGAUAGAUGAUGUGUAUAAACAUGCAACAUACAAGCAAGCCUUCAUGGUUAGAAGAUGAUAUACAACGGGCGCGGGUGUUUUUAAUACUACUACCUAUGGAUUGGUUC